GGCUAGCAUGCGCAUAGGUAUUCAGAAGCCCAUCAUCGAUCGGCUCAGCCGGUAUCCGUAUUUGAAUGCCAUUCUCGGGAGGCAGUCGGCGGCCGAGGAGGAAGCCUGGAUAGAGGAGACGGGCCACUUUAACGAGGCGGAGAGGGAAGUGGCGAGGAGGAUUGCCGAGGCCGUGAGGCAGCGGCGAUGGACACCGUUGGGGGAAGACCCUGCGAGUUGAUUAUUCCAGCUCAUACUCAUUAAAAUACAAUGAUGGCGGGUUGAAUCAAAAGUUUCCAAAGACAUUGCUAACGGCUUUCAGUGAGCCUGGUGUUAUGGUGUUAUGGUGUUAUUGUUUUGUGAAAAGAAAAGCAAAGCAAAGCAAAGGAAUUCACCCUCUACGAGACUCACAUUUCUGAGCAGUUUAGACUAAAAUGUUCUUAUUUACCUAGCUUCAUUCCGUCAGUGUAGGGGUCAAUACGUUCCUGCUUGUUUCGGUUUGCCGUUGCAGGCUCAACGUUUCCCCUCAACCCGCAAAGUGGACCCGAUGUCGGCAGCCGGGCACCUCGCGCGACGAGGUGGACCUAUCGCUCGGAGAUGUCGCGCCAAUCUCGCAUCUCCGAGCUUACGAGUCACACGAAUC